GAUUGCACUUUCGAAAGUUUUGACUUUACCAUCCCCAUAAUAUUCCUUACUGUUCGGUUGAACAGUACCCACAAAGUUGGCGAGUAAUUUGAUGAGUAGUUUCUUGUAUAGACGACGCAAAUUAAAAACAUGAAGCCCAUCAAGCCAUCCAAUGUUUCCUACUCCUCUUCUUCAUCUACAAACGUUUCUUCAUCCAAUUCAGAUCCAUCAUCUAAUAUCACCAUUCCCCCCACAAUAUAUACAACCAAUGUAUCAAAUAACAAUAACUCCACCCCACCAACUCUUCCCAGCAUCUCCACUAUCCUCCAACAACCUCUCCUCCCAUUACCAACAACGAGCUCAAGAACCUACAACCCCAUCACACGUCUCCCAACCAGAAACCCUGCUUCGAGUGCCGCAGUAGUAUCAAAUACCUCCACCACUACAAGAGGUUUAGUAUCAACCCAAAGAACCAAAAUCAUCAAAACAUUCGUGUCCCCGAAAGGCGGCACGAAAAUCAUCUUGAUGAUCACCAUCACUACAAUGCAAGAACCAUUUUUCGACAAGGAAAAGAACUCAUGGGUUAUGCGACGCACAACUGAAAUAAGAAAAGUGAUGGUUAGAAAGCGAUUGCGACCUGAUUCCAACGAUAAGAAAAAUGGCAUCGCGAAACGUAAUACAAGAAAUACUAGAGGGAAGAGAAGGAAGGAGUCAAAGAAGGGAGACUUCGAUUCGAUGUGAAUGUUACUCGAUAUUACAUUAUCUUCGCUCCUCCCUGCAAUGGACAAGGCGGCGAUUGCACAUAUAUAACAUAGCUUUGAGAUAUACUUGUAUAUAUGGUGAGGAAUGGUAUGGUGGGAUAUGGUAUGGUGGGAUAUGGUAUGGGGGAAUUGGGUAUGGCAUGGCAUGGCGGGACUGCGA